GUAGGAAUACCCACAGUGGGGUGCAGGUGUACAGCAGGGAUGUUUACUUGUGUACGUGCGACGUCAAAGCGCAGACUCUGUAUCCCAGCAUGCAGCAGGAGGCCGGUGAGACAUCCAGCAGCUGGUAGUGAGUUGCUAGAGCGCCGAGCGGGUACCAGCCAACGGUCAACACAGCGUAUACAUUUCCUACUCCAUGUGAGACAAACGGAGCCCUCUAUCUUACGGGCGACAGAAAAAUAUGCUGUUCGGACGCCUGACGUGUUACCGCAGCGGAUUUUGAGUCACAGUUGUCACUCGGUUUUCAUUUUGGAGGAUUCCUCCCUCCAUCCUCCGGAUCGCACCGAACAGGCAAUGACAACGGUCUCAGCAACCCCGCAGCAGAUGAGGGACCGGCUGCUGCAGGCCAUCGACAGUCAGAGCAAUAUAUGCAAUAUGGUGGUUGUAUUGGAGGUAAUUGCCUGUCUUGAAAAGUAUCCUAUCACCAAAGAAGCACUUGAGGAAACUCGACUAGGAAAACUGAUCAACGAUGUAAGGAAGAAGACCACGGAUGAAGACCUUGCAAAGCGUGCUAAGAAACUCUUACGGAAUUGGCAAAAGCUGAUUGAACCUGGGCCAACUGUGCCUGCGAGUACCCCUGGGUCUACUAAUGGCAGUUCUCAUCCCGGCAGAACAGAUCCCUCUCCUCCUGAUAUUUCUGUGUCAGGGAAGGGUGUCACUGAAGUCAAAACCAGAAAUGAUGUUCACAACACAUAUUCCCCGAAAGCUGAGAAAUCAAGCAGCCGCAAGCGCCGGGCUGAGCACAGAGACAGUGGAGCGCACUUACCAGAAAAAAUUUCCAAGAUGUCUUCAUAUGAUAACUCUGUUUCAUCACCACCCACUAAUGGGAUUGCAGGUAGUCCAGAUGCUCUGCCUGACCAAGAGGUAGUCCCGUCUCCCGACAGAUCUCGAAUGGAGCACCUUGAUAAUGAUAAAAUCAACAGAAUUCCAGUUAACGCUGUCAAACCUCGCCCCAGCUCCCCAGGUGUUGCCAAACUACCUAGCACUUCCUCUUUGAUCAAGGUUGCUGUAAUGCAGCAACAGGCCAGAUUGGAUGAAGGAGGAGGAGGUGGCUAUUAUCAAGCCAGAAGUCCCCGUGGUGUCUCUACCAGUCCAAGGAACAUGAAGCAAGACACAAUGACCAAACGCUCUUCAGCAUAUGCACCGAAAGGAACACCUGUCCCCAGCCCUUCCUCUAGGGACUCUCCCUUGUCUUUUCCUCAGCCUGUAUCCUCCCCAGCCCAAGCAUCUUAUGCUGACAAGCUGCCACAUUCUUCUGUUAGGUAUUCAGGGCACUGGGCCAGUUUGUCAGAGGUCCCCUCUCAUUGCCCAUCACAAGACAUAUCUGCAACACUGGAAUCCCCAUCAGUCUCCCUUUCACCCGCUCUCUCCCAGCAGAAUUCAGAACUACACAGACCGACAUCUGAGGGACCCAUGGCUAUGUCUGAUGACACAGACGGGACAGUGGUGCCCAACUUGGAGCAUAAAAGGAGGAAGUACAGGUCUAGAGACUAUUCUGUCAACUUAGAUGGUCAGAAACUAGAAGACAUGACCAAACCUGUACGGUUAAAAGAACGCAGACUAACAUUUGACCCUGUCACAGGUCAGAUCAAACCACUGGUACAUAAAGAACCUUCUCAAACAGAUGAAGCUCCCACUCCUGACCCUGCUGAGUCUAGGCAGAAAAUUGAAAGCAUUGUACAACAGUCAGCUUCCACAGCUCCAGAGCCUAGCCCUAACCCUUUUCACCAGACAAACUGGAAGGAGCUAUCCAGAAAUGAAAUCAUCCAGUCCUACUUGAACCUUCAGAGCAAUAUGCUCACAUCUUCAGGGGUCCGGGCUCCUAGUGCACACUUUUUCAUGUCAGAAUAUCUGAAAAGGGAAGAACAGGAGAUUAAAGAGUUGAAGAAGACGCACGUUCUGCAAACGGACAGCUCAGUAGGGGAUUUACCAGGCGUGUGCCGAGAGGUGACAGGCGAGGACCUGGACAGGAUACACACACGGCAUUGGCCGGGGGUGAAUGGUUGCUAUGACACCAAGGGCACCUGGUAUGAUUGGACAGAGUGCAUAUCAUUGGACCCUCAUGGGGAUGAAAGCAAACUGAACAUCCUGCCAUAUGUUUACCUAGACUGAGGGUUUUGAGAAGGUUGCUGUCCUUUUCAACUCCUUUUUGUCUCCCCCACAGAGACAAGAUACACAUUUUGUUUGUCCACUGUGAGUUUGGCAAAAGCCAGGCCUGCUAAACUCCCCAUAAUGCCUCUUCCUCUUUCUGUGAUAAAUCUAUUUAGAUUGUGAUAUAAAAAGAGUGAAGAUUAAAAAAUAGUUGAGUUUGUUAUACCAAGGGCUGUUUCUGUUUUAUUUUUCAAAUGGAAAGACACAGGAAUGAUGAGGCCCUAGCUGCAGCGCUCUGUGACAGAAUAAUAUUAACAGAACGCAAAAAAGAGAGGACAGAAUUACCCCAGACAACCACAAAAGGUAAUAUGAUGGGAUUUUUUUAAGGUUUUGAAUUGUGUACCUGUUUCAGGCUCACUGGGAUGAUGCUGCCCUCGUCUCAUACUUUAUAGUUUCUAAUUAGGAAUUACAACAUUCUAGAGUUAAAUUUAAAGGAAGGCUGGGGUUUAGCUGUCCUGUCCAGACCGCCAUGUUGGUGCCCAGAAAGGUGCUGAUGGAGUUCAUCUAGCACAGGUAGAGCUGAACAUGUCCAGAGCACGAAUUACUGCAGCAUAUUUGGCAGCAACAAGAAGCUUUAUCUGAGGUAUAAAGAGUAAAUUAUAAAGUUCUUAUCAUGUAUACAUAUAUUUAUUUUUGACCAGUUCAUUAAUGGUGCGUUUUUCGAAACAUGUUCAAAGGCCUGUAGAUUUCUGUUUUUCUCCUGUUUGCAUCACAACAUUGUCUGAUUAAUCUUGAGCAUUAAAGGGGGCAUACAAAAUGCUUCUGUAUGGUCAGUCUUUAAGAUUGACCAAUGCAUGUGGUUAUCGACAUUCCAUACUCCACCCUUCUUUCUCUUUCUCUCCUUCUUGUCACAUGUCUUAUAUGAGUCAGCGCCAUCUCAGUACUCAAGAAGAAAUAUAUUUUGAAAAAUACGGUUUCAACAGAAUACUAUGGUGCUAAAAUUUGAAUUUUACUACAAUGAAAACUUUUGCCACCCACUGUUUCUCUCCCAAACUUAAAAUAUUAUUGAAUGACAAGUCAGAUGGUUCAGAUCAAUCCUUGCAUUUGAGAGACAAAACCAAAUGUUUGAAUGGUAGAACUCACUUUGUUUCCAUUCCUUUAGAUAUUAUUUCUGAAAUUCCUUCACAAUAUUUUCCUGAGUUAAACAGCCUUUGUGAAUGUACAGGACUGAGACUUCUUAUGCACUUGUACAUACAUUGAAAACUUGUUGGCAUUUCAUCAAUUAAUUCAAGUGUGAAUAGUAACUGAUGCUCUCACUUGUUACGGUGUCCAUAGUUUAUUCAAAGUUUCAAACAUAUUUAAAGUUAUUUCAGAUGUUUUAGAAAACAUUUAGGAUGCUGUUUGAGGUAGCAUUUCUUUUGCUUCAAUAAAUGCAACAAACAAAAGGGAGAGAGAAAGCUGUGUGCAUCAGAUAUUGGCAUUUUUCCAUGUGACAACUAAUUUUGAUUUCCCUUUAUACUCACCAGUCACCACCACUUUU